AUGGCCCCGGGCCGCCAACCCGCCGGAGCGCGGCCGCUGCUCGUGUGCGCGGGCCUCCUGGUCGCUGUCGCCGCUGCCGCGGGCCUCCAGUCCCCGCAGCCCGGCUCGCCCGCCCCCCAGAAGCCGCCGCCGGGGAAUGAGCUGCCUGCGGGCCCCGGCGACAGCCGCGUGCGGCCGGUAAGAUGCUGCGUCCCGCGCUCGGACACACCCGCGGACGCCCGGAUAGCCUGCCCGGCCCGAGCGCUCCGGGAGACGCGGGCCCCUCUGGGCCUCAACCGAAGGCAGACCCCACCCAGACAGCUGGCAGCCUCUGGGAGCGCUCCCAGUGGGCAGGGUGGCCAGGACCCCCUCACCGAGCGGGCGCACGGCAUCGACCCCCGGGACACCUGGAUGCUUUUCGUCCGGCAGAGUGACAAGGGCAUCAACAGCAAGAGGAAGAGCAGGGGCAAGGCCAAGAGGCUGAAGCUUGGCUUGCCGGGACCCCCCGGACCCCCUGGACCGCAAGGCCCUCCAGGCCCCCUCAUCCCGCCUGAGGUGCUGCUGAAGGAGUUCCGGCUCCUGCUGAAAGGCGCAGUGCGGCAGCGCCAGCGCGCGGAGCCCGAACCCUGCACGGGCGAUCCCGGACCGACCCCGUCCCCGCAGCCCGACGUCGAGGGCGCCUUCCGCCGCGGCCCCGGCCUGAACCUGACCAGCGGCCAGUACACGGCGCCCGUGGGCGGCUUCUAUGCCUUCGCCGCCGCGCUGCACGUGGCGCUGGUGGAGCCGGCGAGACGGGGACCGCUGCGCGCCCGGGACCGCCUGCGCCUGCUCAUCUGCAUCCAGUCCCGGUGCCAGCACAACGCCUCCCUGGAGUCCAUCAUGGGGCUGGAGCGCAGCGGUGACCUCUUCACCAUCGCUGUCAACGGUGUCCUGUAUCUGCAGCCCGGGCAGUACACUUCCGUCUUCCUGGACAACGCCAGCAGCUCCACCCUCACCGUGCGCAGUGGCUCGCACUUCAGUGCGGUGCUUCUCGGUGUGUGAGCGGCCACCGCGGACCCUAUCCCACCGGACAGAUGGACCAGGGGCUGGAGCCACCUCCUGGACAGUGUU